CACAUGUAGAAGAAAAAACUCGAGAGAAUCCGAAUCUGAAUAAAGAAGAAAUAAUCUAUCGAGUGUGAAGUGGUUUAUUGCACUAGGUUGAUUAACAUAUUUCUUAACCUUUUUUCAUGUAAAUAAUUCUGAACAUUAUUUUUAACUCAAACAAAAUAUUUGCACAAGAGUCAAUUACAAGAGAAAUUUAAUAAAAAUGACAUCAAGAUUUAGUGGAGCACUACAGAUUACAAAUUUGGAUGACUUUAUCACUCCAUCUCAGGAAUGUAUUAAACCAAUAGAAAUGAAAUCAAGUGGAAGUAAAACUGGAUCUAAAAUAAAAAUACAAUCUGAUAAUGCAAUCAAUGAAAUUGAACGACCUGAAAAAUUGCAAAAGGUUGAGAUCACACUUGCAGACUGUUUAGCAUGCAGCGGUUGCAUUACAUCUGCUGAAAGUGUACUAGUUACUCAACAAAGUCAAGAAGAACUACUCAGAGUAUUUCAGGAAAAAAAAAACCAACAGAAUAUUGGAAACACAGAUUCAAAAUAUAUAGUGAUAAGUUUAUCAGUGCAACCUGUAUUAUCAUUGGCACAGCAUUAUGAACUCACACCAGAACAAGCUCUUCGUAAACUAGCUGGCUUCUUUUAUCAAUUGGGAGCUGAUACAGUAUUAGAUAUGACUAUGGCCGAUGAUUUUGCUCUGUUAGAAACAGCCAAAGAAUUUGUUGAACGUUAUAAAGCCAGUAAGGAAGGAGCAAAAAAUCAAUUACCAAUGUUAUCCUCUUCCUGUCCAGGUUGGGUAUGUUAUGCUGAAAAAUCUCAAGGACACUUCAUAUUGCCAUAUAUAAGUAUUACAAAAUCACCUCAACAAAUUAUGGGUUCAUUAGUAAAAUACCAUUUAGCUGAGAUAAUGGGUUUUUCACCAGAGCAAGUGUAUCAUGUAACUGUAAUGCCUUGCUAUGAUAAAAAGUUGGAAGCUUCUAGAGAAGACUUUUAUAAUCGGCAAAAAGAAACGAGGGAUGUGGAUUGCGUCAUAACAUCAAUCGAAUUGGAACAGAUGCUCAAUGAAGACGGUUUAAUAUUAAAUGAGAUAAAUGAUGGUGAAAUCAAACAAUCAUUCGGUUCUUAUAGCGAAGAAAUCGAGAAUAGGUUGUGGGGUCAUACUGGGUCGGGAUCAGGUGGAUAUGCGGAUUUUAUUUUCCGGUACGCAGCGAAGAAUCUUUUCGACGAGGAAAAUAUCACAGUGGAUUUCAAAAAUCUUAGAAAUCCCGACUUCCAAGAGGCAGAGUUGAAAAAAAACGACCAAGUACUAUUGAAAUUCGCCAUUGUCAAUGGAUUCAGGAAUAUACAGAAUAUAGUUAAAAACAUGAAAAGUGGCAAAUGCGUUUACGAUUAUGUAGAAAUUAUGGCAUGCCCAUGUGGUUGCUUAAACGGUGGAGCACAAAUAAGACCCGAAGGAAAUGUUCAACCUAGAGAACUGGCAUCAAUGUUAGAAAAUAUAUAUCAUAAACUUCCAUUAAGUAAUCCUGAGGAAAAUAAAGUGGUACAGAAUUUGUACAAAACUUGGUUAGGAGGAGAACAUACAGACAAAGUUGAUGCAUAUUUCAGUACACAAUAUCAUGAAAUACAAAAAGAGAAUAUAGCUUCUGCAAUAAAGUGGUAAAAUAGCGAUAAUGACAUUAUAUGUCGUGACAUGUACAUAGAUUAGAUUAGAUUAGAUUAAAUUAGAUCAGAUUAGAUAGUGAAUUGUUCUUUUUAUUCUUAUAACUGUACAAUAUAACAAAAAUAAAUAAAUUAUCGCUAAUUAUA